GCCGUGUCUCCUGUUUCCCGCCAGUGAAGGUUUAUAGUACACGUGAGGCGGUCCUCCCUGGGACUAUUUUUAUAUAAAGAAAUACCAACAUGAGUGACCAUGAAGACGAACAUACCAUCGCCGAGGACCUGGUGGUCACCAAGUACAAGAUGGCCGGCGAAAUUGUCAACCGUGUGUUAAAGCAGCUAGUGGCCAAGUGUGUACCCUUAGCGUCGGUGCGUGACAUCUGUGCAGAGGGUGACCGAUUAUUGGAAGAGGAAACAAGCAAGGUAUUCAAGAAGGAAAAAGAUUUGAAGAAAGGCAUUGCCUUCCCAGUCUGUGCGUCCGUCAACAACUGCAUAAACCACUACUCUCCACUGGCCUCAGAGGGCGACACAAUCCUACAAGAUGGCGAUUUAGUCAAAAUUGAUAUGGGAGCACACAUUGAUGGGUUCAUUGCAGUGGUUGGGCACACGGUAGUUGUUGGAGCAUCUAAGGAGAACAAGAUUAAAGGUCGUCGAGCAGAUGUGAUGCUUGCAGCACAUAAUGCUGCUGAGGCUGCCUUGCGCUUAGUCAGACCCGGCAACCAGAACUUUUCUGUUACUGACACUGUCACCAAGAUAGCUGAGGUGUACAAAUGUAAACCAGUGGAGGGGAUGCUUUCCUUCCAGCUCCAACAGGGACGUAUUGAUGGAGAGAAAACCAUUAUCCAGAAUCCCACAGAAGCUCAACGGAAGGAGGUUGAUAAGCAAGACUUUGAGACACAUGAGGUUUAUGGUGUUGAUGUCAUAGUUUCUACUGGAGAAGGCCAGGGCAAGGAAGCAGAAGCACGUGUAACAGUCUUUAGGAAAACAGAGGAAAGCUAUAGUCUGAAGCUUAAGGCCUCUCGAGAAUUCUUUAGUAAGGUCCAGAAGAAUCAUGGAACAAUGCCCUUCAACAUCAGAUCUUUUGACGAUGAGAAGAAAGCACGAUUGGGAGUUACUGAGUGUGUCUCUCACAAGCUAGUAGACCCGUACCCUGUCCUCUGGGAAAAGGCUGGUGAAUUUGUUGCUCAGUUCAAGUUUACUGUGCUGUUAAUGCCAAGUGGACAACACAAGAUCACUGGUCUACCGCUAGAGACACAACUGGUGGAAUCAGAACACAAGAUAGAUGAUCCAGAACUGAAGCAAAUAAUCACAGCAUCAAUUAGCAACAAGAAUGCUAAGAAGAAGAAGAAGAAGGCAGAGAAGGAAGCGGCGACAGUUGUAAAGAACGAAGAUUAACAGUACUCAGGUGUAAAAAUGUUGUGUAAAACCCCAGUAAACACCCAUUGAUCCAGGAGGAACCAGAGCCUGUGUUCAUAGGAGAACUCCCUUAAAUGUCAGUACAUUUACUAAUUAUUAUCAUUAUUUUUUAUUUUAUUUUAUUUUACUCUCUCUCUCUCUCUCUCUCUCUCCUCUUUGUCUUUCUGUAAUAUCUUCAAUUCUCAACCUGUAGGUUACUCAGUCUAGGUACAAUAAUGCUCCUAAAAGUAGGAGCCAGGAAAAUAAUUUCUUUUAUAUUGUCAUCACAAUGUCUUGGUUGAUUGUAGCUGUGGUGAGCUCUCUAGUUUAGUUAUUGUACUUAGUUUUGUGUGGACUCUUUAUACUGUGUUUGGCUUUUAUAUUGUGUUUUUUAUGUAAAAAAUUUUAUUUUUGCUAGCACAGAAAAAUGGUAGACAUAGCAAGGGAUCUGGGCAGUGUUUGUCACAGGGGAUGAUGUAAAGUUCAAUGUAAUAUAAGAUGGGUAUAGCAUUCCAGCCGCAAUUUUAGUGACCCCAUAUCUUUGGCAUUUUCACUGCUUUCAAACUGUACCCCUGGACUUGAUAUUUUAAAUACCAGUUUGUAAUGUCUAGGCAAGAAGUAACAUCUGUGUUGUUGCUCAUAGGUUAGGGUUGUUUCCUACUGGCACAAAGUGGUAACAGCAAGUUAAGCAUUUCAUUUUCUAAAUUUUGUGUUUUGGGGUAAAGCAACUUUAUUAAUGCUAGCACCUGCAGACAGAUAAACUUGCCAAUUGGGAUGUGCAUGAUAAGUUGCAUUAUGUUGACAACCAAUCAUGUGCACUUGUAACUGGUCCCUCUCCAGUGUCUGCCUCAGAGGUUAUUUUGUAUAUCCUGUACAAAUCUGUAGGUAAGGUACAUCAGCCACUGCAGCAGUAACCAAGAUUGAUAUGCAACAAAAAUUUUGCCAUGUCAUGUGGCUGCAUUUUAUCUUUUAUGGAAUAUUGUUUCAUAUAAAUUUUAAGUUUUGGUUGGAAAACAAGGUGUUGUAGUGGAGUGUAGAACAUCUUGAAUUUCAUGUUGAAUUUUGAAGGUUGUGGUGAGCUCGGGCUUUUAUUAUGUGGCUAAGCAGAUGAUCCUUUUAUCCACAGCUCCCCUAUUUUUAUUUUUUUUCGGGGGAUGACUAAACUUCCGUAUAUCAACAUUGUUUUGUACCUCUGGUACAUUUUCAAAGUAUAUGCAUUAUGAUGUCAUGAAGUUUAAGGUUGAACCAAUAAUUUGAUAUAUUCUAAAGAAAAAAUAUUUAAGCUUGUGAAUGGGUCAACAAUGCAGUAGGUGCAGUCUGAUUCUUGUUCAUUUUAUUUGGGCAUGAAUGGGCAUAAAAUGUAUUCUCAACUUAAAAAGAAUAUCUUAAUCACAUGUGCCCAUUAAAGUUUGUGGUAUUCUACUCCAAGCUGACUUCAGAGCCUUGCUGAAUAUUAACGUCCAACUUGCUGUGUUUCAUAGCAACUUGAUAUCCCUUGCCAUGCUAUUUUCCCUGACAUGAGUGACGAUAUGUGUGUGUGAGUGGCUUUUGGAAUCCAGUUUUUAACUUUCCCAAAAAAUGUGGAGAGCUGCAGUAAAAGCCUUAUUAAAUGCUUAGAGGCUUAUUGAUAUGCAAAUUCUCAGCUGGAUACAAGUUGGGUUUGUUUUCUGGGGUUGCAAUCAGUUUAUAAGCCUGGUGAUAGCACAGGACAUCAGCUUGUCACAAAUACACUUUACUCCUUUUAAGAUGGGAGAGAUUGUGAAAGCAUUGUUCUGGGAUUAGUGAUUCACUUGAAAUAAGUUGAUUAAUGAAAUUAGGUAUGCAGCACAAUCUUCCCAUUGACAUAUAAAUAUAUAUAUAUAUUUUUUUUUACAUGAACACGUGCACACAAACAUGCAGAUUACAUAUGUAAUGUUGAAGGUUAUAGCAUCUCAACACCCACCCACCCUCUCCCUGUCCACUAACUAUAGAUGGGUAAUGACAGAAAACUGGGUUAUGAAAAUGUGUAGGGUUGAACGAGGUUUAUAUUAAAUUUGCAACUUAUUACUGGAUCAUGAUACUGUACAUAAAAUGUUGAUGCGGCUCACAUAUUACUUUAAAAUUUCUUGCAUAGUAAGUCAUUUGUAUUGUUCUUACUGUACACUAUCAUUACUAUGGUUUUGUUGUCAUAUAGCCCAUUGUGUGUUUAUAGUGCUGUCCGGCUUAGCAAUAUCCAUUACUGAAGGUUGGUUGGGGUGAUAACAAAACAGCAUAUUUAGUGAUGCCGGACGUUUUGUACGCAGGUUUUCAGAUCCAAAAAUAAAAACCUUGUUCACA